AUCAGAAUAGGUUAGCUAGCUAGCUUAGCCACUUGCUAACACAGCCAGAGUCGCAGGAGAGCGCUAGUGUUAACGUUAGCAGGCUAGCCACAGGAAAAUAAUAGCCAGGUAGCAGCCGCAGCGGCGGCAAUUGGUUACCGAGUGGUGCAUGUAAACAACGAUGAGAAAGUCCACAUUUACAUACCUGGCGAGUCCAGUCAAGCCUGCAAAGAAUUCCCGAUGAAAUGCCAGCCUAUCGUAGGUUAGCUACUCCCCAAAUAACGGAUGUUGGUUGGCUACAGCAGCAGCUCCUCGGAAGACAGCGAGGCAGCGAGUGAUGUGGAGAAAAGUUGUUCUCGAAAGUGUCAAGAGGAAGAUGAUGGUAACGAUGACUGCCCAGUGAGGAAGAAACCUAAAACUGAGGAACAGGUUACUAAAGCAAGGCUGCCUCUCCCUGAUUGCCUGCUGGCCAUGUUUCCAGAUGACGAAGUACCACAGACUGAAGACAGCUCUCUUCACAGUGGCCGUAUCCGCUCUUUCAAACAUGAGAGAGGAAACUGGGCCACCUAUGUUUAUUUGCCAUACCAUCCUGAGGAGGAGUUCAGGGAGCUGCUGGAUGAACUGCUCUCCGCAGCAAGGGCCCAUGGUGUCGUUUUGACCCCACAGGACGAGUUCCACCUCAGCCUGUCCCAGACGGUGGUGCUGAGACACCACUGGAUCCAGCCCUUUACACAGAGCCUCAGGUCAGACUUGGCACACUGCAAAAGGUUUGUGUGCUCAGCAGGGAAACUAAGGGUGUAUUGUAAUGCUGAGAGGACAAGGACAUUCUUGGGUAUGGAAGUGUGUACUGGGCAUGCUCAGUUGUUGGACCUGGUCCAAGCUGUGGACAGAACGAUGACAGAGUUUCACCUAGACACUUUCUACAAGGAUCCAUCUUUUCAUGUGAGUCUGGCCUGGUGUGUUGGAGACCUGACAGUGCAGAUUGAGGAAUGUAUUCAGGUGCUGCAGUGUGUGGUUGAUGACCAUGAAGAAGGACCAUUUCUUCUGAGGUUGGAUGGCAUGGAGCUGCGCUGCAGGACUGGAAACAAAACUUUCCAUUUCCCCCUCAAGCCCUAAAAGCAGACUAGACCGAAACCUCUCAUUUCAUUAGCCAUAUUGCAAAGAUAAGAGAAGGACUCAGAUUCAUUACAUCUGUAACUCAUGUUUGACUGUGAAGUUGACAGUAUCAGCUGUCAUCACACAGCCUUUGGUAAUUAACUGCUGACAGAUAUGUAGCAUGUGCCAACAAUGGCAAUCAAGGCUAAAUGGCAAAAAAACAUGAUGUUAUUGUAAUAAUCUUUAUUAUUUUAAAACUGAAUAUAAAUAAAGUUUUACUCAUUUUAUACUUA